AUGUCAAACUCCUCUCCCACUGCUGAGCCUACGCCCAUGCAGGGCCCCGACGAGAAGGAUGCGCCUAUGGCUGAUAGUAAACCCCAAAACGGCGUGGGCUAUGUGACAGGCCUCAAGUUGGCAUUGAUUGUCGGCAGCGUAGCGCUUGCCUGUUUUCUCAUGCUCUUGGACACCAUGAUCAUCAGCACGGCGAUUCCACGCAUCACAGACACCUUCAACUCACUCCCCGAUGUCGGGUGGUACGCCAGUGCAUACCAAUUUGGCAGCGCCGCGCCUCAGCCACUGACGGGAAAAGUAUACACACACUUCAACUCUAAGUGGUCCUUUUUAACCUUUUUUGCCAUUUUCGAGUUUGGCUCCGUGCUAUGUGGCGCUGCUGUCUCAUCAGACAUGUUGAUUGUUGGCCGGGCCAUUGCUGGAUUCGGCUCCGCCGGCAUCAUCAACGGCGCCAUUACCAUAAUCUCAAGCUGUGCACCUCUGGAGAAGCGUCCAUUAAACCAACUAGGUCUUGUAGCUGGGCCUCUGAUUGGAGGAGCCUUUACUUCAUAUACUACCUGGAGAUGGUGCUUUUACAUCAACUUGCCUCUGGGUGCUUUUACUGCGUUGAUCCUCCUCCUCCUCCGAGUGCCGGAGCAAAAGGCAAAGCAAAGCCCACUUGUCGUGCUUUCGAGGCUGCAUCAUUACCUGGACCUCGUGGGAUUCGCCCUUUUUGCCCCCGCUACCCUGCAACUCCUCCUUGCCCUCCAAUACGGAGGUACACAGUUGCCAUGGAAUUCGUCCCGUGUGAUAGGCUUAUUCUGUGGUUCCGUUGGCACGUUUGUAGCGUGGUUCUUCUGGAAUCAACACAAGGGUGACGAUGCGUUGCUCCCGCCCUCAAUGAUCAAGCAGAAAGUUGUAUGGGCGUCAGGGCUGUACCAGUCCUUUAUGAUCUCUGCUGUCUAUGGAGCGACUUUCUUCCUUCCUAUAUACUUUCAGGCUAUUGAAAAUGCUACAGCAAUGCUCAUGGGGUCUAUCUCCUACCCACGAUUCUCCCGCAACUUUUCGCUGCCGUCUUUUCGGGAGUCUUGUAUCGGAUUUGUAAUUCCCUUGGCCAUUGUUGGUACCGUCCUUCUGGCCGUAGGAAGCGGGCUGUACUCGCUCCUGCAACCAGGAAGCCCAACUGGAUAUUGGGUAGGAUUUCAGAUCUUGGCAGGGAUCGGCUCAGGGCUUAGUAUGCAGCUGGCUAUCAUUACAGUUCAAGCAGCCGUUGGCGGAGAGCAACUGGCCACGGGGAUGGCUCUGGUUAUUUUUGCGCAAUCCUUGGGUCCAGCUAUUGUGCUGACUCUUUGCAAUGUCAUUUUUGUUUCCAGUCUUGCCUCACAACUGCAAGACAAUGCGCCUCUUGAGAAUGCCCAGGCGGUGAUACGGGCUGGCGCGACGGGAUUUCGUACCAUUGUCCAGUCCGAUAAUCUUCCUGGAGUUUUGGCUGCAUAUGCCAACAGUAUAGAUCGUGUUUUCUAUUUAGUUGCAGCAGUGGCUUCUGCAUGUGCACUUGUGCUAUGGGGAAUGGGUUGGCAUGACUUGAGGAAGAAAGAUGGCAAUGGUCAGCAUGAUUCCGCCCAUUCUGACGGCCAGGCUUAA